GUAUUUUGUUGAGAUCAGUUUGCCUAUACAAUUUUACGUUCGUGGUUAAAUUUUUUUCAUAACAUCUAACACCUUUGUCUUAUUUUCAGUAGACAAGUCCAAAAAUGAGACAGAAAGUGAGGAUGAUGAGUCAGACGGUGGUGGCUCGGGUGGGGCCGGAUUCAAUGAUUCCGACGAGUCAGAUUCGGAUGCCAAUGGAAUGUUUUUUUACCCAGUCCCCUUUGCAUGGAGGAAGGAAAGGUGCCAAACUAUUGGGCUAAGCAAGUGCCUAAAAGUUGGACCCGACGCCGCUCCUAAGUCUUUGGGAGCCGCCAAAAAGACAGAAAGCAUCCGUGGGGACGGGAACUGCUUUUACAGGGCCCUUUCGUACGUACUGACAGGAGAGGAGACUUCCCACAGCUCAGUACGCAAGAAACUGGCAGCAUUCAUGAAAACAGAACCAAAAGUUGCCAGCUUCAGCGACAGAGAGACAUCUGCCCAGUACGUCAGGGAAUCGGGUUGCGGCAUGUUGGGCAAAUGGGCGACUGACGUUGAAAUCUAUGCUGCAUCGAUCUGGCUUGGAGUCGAUAUAUAUGUAGAACUUAAUAAUGUGUGGCAGAGAUUCAGCUACACUGGCAACCUCGAAGGACCUCCUUCUGAGUAUGGCAUUUACAUUAAAAAUGCUAAUGGUGACCAUUUCGAAGUAGUUACGGAUGUAGAAUAGUUUCUGAUUAUAACUUUGUGAUUAUAAGAUUUCUAAUUCGUGCUUCAAG